GUUAAAGUUUAUGACACAAAACUACCUCAGUUGAAUACUGGCAUGUGUACAAGGUUGAAACUUGCAUAAAUAAAAGCGAAAUCUGAUGACUCCUCCCUAAUCAGAGUACUGAAGUGGUUAACAGCCUUUAAAACUAGCAAUCAGUGGGGUAAUUCUCAACAAUAAAAGUAAAAAUAAAUAAAAUAGCAGCGCUUUCUUUGCUUUUAAUGACACACAGCUGCUAAGUUCCAUUAAUCCGAAGCAGGAGGGGGUAGUAAUGUACAUACGCUGGUUGCCAGCCGCCGUUAAUACUCAAACAAUUCCACGUCAACUCGAACACGCAAAACCCCGGUAUGAAGCAUUGUCAUGAGCAUGCCAAACCAACAGAUGGCGAUAUAUUCCUUAACCCAGAGAAGCCACUCCAGUCUCGUCUUGCCAUGAACAAGGAAAAAAUGCGGGAGCUGACUUCGCAGACGUACGUGGCUCAGGUCAUUGGCACUGCUGUAUCACAACAUCAUUUGCUGGCAUGUACAUCUAGGAUGCGAUCAAUCCAGAUGAGAUUCUCUCCAAUGCCAGCAAACCGACAGUGGAAGACACGAGCCAGCACUUCUCCCACCACAUUGCCUCAGGCUUUUGAGAUACCGACUUAUAACUGCUUCUCCCCCCUAUGUUGGGAUCACCGGGGCCUCCAUCGCCCGGCAUGUACACGCUACAUUAGGUGUAGCAAUUAUGUGAGCUGCAGUCUGGAUCCUGCCUCUGUCAGAUCACCUAACACAAAUGGAAAGAUGACAUCGACCCUUGCAAGGACUUCAGGCGAUCCCAGCACUGGACUACAUACAGUGGUAAUCAUAUUUUCAGUAGUCCGUGUCAAAUUUUCUUUCAAGUCAAUGGGUACCAUCAACUGUAUGAUUGACAUCAUUUAUCAGAUUAAAGAAUUUUUGGCAAGUUUAUAACAACAUGAAGUGUUUGGGUGAGAUCUAGACCGAGGACUAAGGCGUAUACUAGGACAGAACUAAGUGUUGUGGCCCACAGGUGAUCCUAAAGCAACAAAGAGGAACCAUGGAGAGGAAGAAGUGGUGUUCAGAUGUUUAAAAGGCGGUGUUCGGGACAGGAAGCAAAGGCAACAAAGAGGAACCUCUAAGGUUUAAAGGCACUGCUUGCAGAGACGAGUGCAGAAAACAAGACAGAAGACCUGUCGAGAAUGUUUUAUGAUUAAAUGUUUUUGUUAUGUACAUGCACAUUAUUAUUUACAAUAUAUUUCUAAGAUACAUAAAUAUGUGACCUUGUAUAUGAAAUCCAGGCUACUGUCUUAACAUCUUAUGACAUCUAAAGUUUGAAUUUACUGAUUUAACAUUGAGUUCAGUCUUUGACAUGACCUUACUCAGUCAGUAUUGAAUAUGUCAAGAUUAUAUUUUCAGAUAAUGUUUUCUGAAUUGUGUAGGAUGAUUUUAUGUAGAAAACAGUAAGUCACAGAGAAAUACUUUGC